AUCCAGCACACGCUGCACGAGAUUGCGAGACCGCACCCUGCCCGCCGUCGGAGAGCGAACAUCGCGAGGAAGCUAGUAGCUAAUCGGGUGACGACGCACUGCACAGCAUGCGGCGACGACAGGUCAAUCUGGCGACGUGGCUCCUCGCCGCCGCCGUCGUCGUCCUAGCCCUUUUCGCCACGCCGGGCGCCGCCGCCGCGCAGGUCAAGACGACCGACACGCGCUGGAGCUUCCACCUCCCUUUACCCGGCGGCGUCAGCGGCGCCGAGAGCCUCGCCUUCGACGGCAAGGGCGAGGGGCCCUACGCCGGCGUCUCGGACGGCCGCGUCCUCAAGUGGGGCGGCAGCGCCGUCGGCUGGACCACGUUCGCGCACAGCGCCAACUACAGGAAGAUACCCCUGUGCACGGCCGGAGUGGUGCCGUCGGCCGAGACCGAGAGCAUGUGCGGCCGGCCCCUGGGCCUCCAGUUCCACUUCAAGACCGGCGACGUCUACAUCGCCGACGCCUACUUGGGGCUCAUGAAGGUCGGCCCGGGCGGCGGCGAGGCCGAGGUGCUGGCGACCGGCGCGGGCGGCGUCCCGUUCAACUUCGUCAACGGCCUCGACGUCCACCAGGCCACCGGCGACGUCUACUUCACCGACUCGAGCAGCACGUACCCGAGGAGGUUCAACACGGAGAUCAUGAUGAACGCGGACGCGACGGGGCGGCUGCUCAAGUACGACGCCAAGACGAAGAGCGUCACCGUGCUCAAGGCCGGCCUGCCGUACCCGAACGGCGUGGCCGUCAGCCGCGACGGCGCGCAGGUCGUGGUCGCGCACACCGUGCCGUGCCAGGCGUUCAGGUACUUCCUCCGUGGCGCCAGGGCGGGACAGUACGAGCUGCUGGCGGACCUGCCGGGGUACCCGGACAACGUGAGGCGGGACGGCAAGGGUGGGUACUGGGUGGCGCUCAACCAGGAAAAGCAGCGGCUGGACGUGACGCCGGCGACGGCUCCCGCGAAGCACCUGGUCGGCGUCCGCCUGGACAACCAAGGGGUGGAGGUCGAGGAGCUUACGGCGGCCAAGGGUGUCACACUGAGCGACGUGGCGGAGAGGAGGGGGAAGCUGUGGCUGGGCUCCGUGGAACUCGAGUACGUCGGCCUCGUUGCUUGAGCGGCAGUGUGCCAAGCUGCCAACGUUAGCUAUGGUCAUGUUAGCUGGAUUAGGAAUUAGGAAUUGGAUUAGCAGGUACUAGCUGUAAGUUUCGUAAAAAAAAAAACUGUUAGUUUCAUGUCGUCCCGUGACAAAAUAGUA